AUGGCGGUAGCGGCGGCGGCGGCGGCGGCGGCGGGGCCGGCGGGCGGCGGCGGCGGCGGCGGCGGCCGGGCGCAGCGGAGCGGGCUGCUGGAAGUUCUGGUGCGGGAUCGUUGGCAUAAAGUUCUGGUGAACUUGAGCGAGGACGCCCUGGUGCUGAGCUGCGAAGAGGGCGCUGCGGCGUACAACGGGAUCGGCACCGCCGCCACCAUUGGAUCGUUCUUCUGCAGAGGCGCCGGCGGAGCCGGGCACCCGACCCCCGCCGCGGGGAAUCUCCCAGCCCCGGAUUCGCCCUCCGGGACGGUGCGCACCGCCUUCACCGAUCUGCCCGAGCAGGUGCCCGAAUCCAUCUCCAACCAGAAGCGCGGCGUGAAGGUGCUCAAGCAGGAGCUGGGCGGGCUGGGGAUCAGCAUCAAGGGGGGCAAAGAGAACAAGAUGCCCAUCCUCAUCAGCAAGAUCUUCAAGGGGCUGGCGGCCGACCAGACCCAAGCCCUGUACGUGGGCGAUGCCAUCCUGUCCGUGAACGGAGCCGACCUGCGCGACGCCACCCACGACGAGGCGGUGCAGGCGCUGAAGCGCGCGGGCAAGGAGGUGCUGCUGGAAGUGAAGUACAUGAGAGAAGCCACACCCUAUGUGAAGAAAGGAUCCCCAGUAUCAGAGAUUGGGUGGGAAACACCUCCACCGGAAUCCCCUCGGCUAGGCGGUGGCUCAUCAGACCCUCUGUCAUCCCAACCAUUCUCCUUCCAUAGAGACCGGAAAAACAUCCCCCUGAAAAUGUGCUAUGUCACUCGGAGCAUGACCUUGGCUGACCCUGAGAACAGGCAGCUUGAAAUCCAUUCUCCAGAUGCUAAGCAUACGGUGAUCCUAAGAAGCAAGGACUCAGCCACUGCCCAGGCCUGGUUCAGUGCCAUCCAUUCCAACGUUAGUGACCUGCAGACUCGAGUGAUGGCAGAAGUCAGAGAGCAGCUGGGGAAAACGGGCAUUGCUGGCAGCCGAGAGAUCAGGCACUUCGGCUGGCUUGCAGAAAAGGUGCCAGGCGAAAGUGAGAAACAAUGGAAACCAGCCCUGGUUGUUCUGACUGAGAAAGACCUCUUAAUCUAUGACAGCAUGCCGAGGAGAAAAGAAACCUGGUUCAGUCCAGUUCACUCAUACCCUCUUCUUGCCACCAGGCUGGUCCACUCAGGUCCAGGGAAGGGAUCACCUCAGGCUGGUAUGGAUCUGUCAUUUGCAACACGAACUGGUACCAAGCAAGGAAUUGAAACGCAUCUCUUCAGGGCAGAGAUCAGCAGAGACCUCUCCCAUUGGACCAGGAGCAUAGUACAGGGGUGUCACAACUCAGCGGAGCUCAUCACUGAAGUUACCACCGCUUGCACCUACAGAAACCAGGAGUGCCGUUUGACCAUACACUAUGAGAAUGGAUUUUCUAUUUCUACUGAACCACAGGAGGGUGCCUUUCCUAAGACAAUCAUCCAAUCCCCUUACGAGAAGCUCAAAAUGUCUUCCGAUGACGGAAUCAGGAUGCUCUACUUAGACUUCGGAGGCAAAGAAGGAGAGAUUCAACUGGAUCUUCAUUCCUGCCCCAAGCCAAUUGUUUUCAUCAUUCAUUCCUUCCUGUCGGCUAAGAUUACAAGACUGGGCUUGGUGGCCUGAACGGAGAGGGGCGACUUGCCUUGGGAAAGGAGAAGCGUGAGGCCACAAGGGGGCGACAUCAGACACCACCCAUAGUGAGCAGGGCAGUGGAUGUAGCCCUCCACAGUCAGCUGUAGGGUUCAGGAGUGCGAGUUUUGUCUCAGGCUCCUCUGUCAGGUGCAGCAACACCAGGGGAACCCUAAGAAAUUACCAUGAGGGAUAUCAGAAAUAAAUCUUCUUAGCACAGAGCAAGGUUAAAGCAGUGAAAACCAGUGGAAUACACAUAGCCUGGCUUCUAAAUAAUGACAAGCAAGGACAUGGCCAUUAAGAAUAGCAUGCGCAGAUCUUAAUCAUACCAGUCUCUAAGCAACUGGUUCACCCAAGUAAGCCAAGGCCGAAUAGAUGAGAUAUGGAUAUUUUCAUCUACUCCCCCCAUCCCCACCACCUAGCCCCAGGAACGGUUAUCCCCCCGUUUUAUCGUGAUUUCUUCAUUCUAGUUGAGAUGACUUUCACUGGUAGGGGAAGAUAAAUACUUCCAAUGAAAACCUACUUCUUAUUGGAGUAUGAAGCAGCUGUUGCAUUUAUUUUCUUAACCAAGUAUCUGUUGGUGGUGUAGAAUGAUUCCAAAGUGCUGUCAUCCACUUACAUGGUGCAGAAAUUACACAAAGUGUCAGAUCCAGAUCCGAGCUGUAAGUUGGUAGAAUCAGAGCUGAGACAGAGUGCUUGCAUUGUGAAGCUUUGUGGAAGAAUAGUCUACAAAACCGAUAAUUCACUGUAGGAUAACGUACACACACCAAAAUAUGGUCUCUUAAACCCAAGACUAAAAUCUUUAUGGGCUAAACAAACAAACAAACAAAUCAUGCCUCUGGGGCAUGUAAAUUUCCAUGGUUGAAGUGAACUAGUUGUUUCCAUUUCGUGAUAGUGAAAGUUCGGAGCAGCUGAUGACCUGUUUUCCUACCAAUUCAUUUCCUACACACGCGUUUUCUUUCAUUCUUUUCUUUUUCUUGCCACUAAUAUUUUUAAUGAGCUUGGGAAUCUUACUCCAUUCAUCCUUCAUAAAAAUAAAUUCCCUUCAAUGGAUUUAACUCACUUCUUUACAGUUAAACAUCCAAUCAGUCAUUUCAAUGCUAAGUCUAGAAAACUGAAGUGUUACAUGCUGCUAUGUGUGGUAAGAGCCUCAUAUUUUUUAAUCCUGUUUUACCACAACACAUGUAUGUGGGCAUGCAUUUUCAAACAUGUAAUGGAGAAGCUGCUCAUUUAAUUCUAGAUGAUGCUGGGUUUUACAUAUGAACCCUGCACUGUAAUCAGAUCUACUGCUACCAUCUGCAGCUCUACUAGAAUUCCAGAAAAAUAAGACAACCAUCUGAUAUUUUUCUACAAGAAUACAUUGACACAGUAUAGAGCACACUACUGACUUAACACUUUGGCUUUUAUGUUUGAAGAUUAAUUCACCCAUGAUUUUGGAGUCAUUUUCCUCAAAGCUCAAUCAGAAUUAGAACUUGUGUUUAUUUCUUCCCUGAGGCUUACCUAGACCUGUGGUCUGCAUUAGAUCUGUGUGUUUCAUGAGUCCUGUGUUAGUAAAUACCUAUGCAAAGAGCUUUCACAAGUGAAACUCUUGACAGAAGUGUGAGUUUGCUCCAUUUAUAUCUAUUGAGUUGCACUUUUAUUUUCCCCAAAAUAUGCAUCAUAUGCUAGUAGCUUCAAGGUGCGUUGAUUGAGUGGUGUUUUAGCUUGGGAGUGGAAUAGGACUUUUGAUAAGAAAAACGUUGCUGAAUACGGAGUUCUGGAAAGGCUACACAGAGGCCACCAUUGCUAGCUUCCUUGAAAGCUCUAUGUGCAUCGUCAUUGUUCAAGAAGGGGUGAGGUGUGGCCAUUCCUCACAUUUACCUAUGGAACUCCUUUCUAAAAGAGCAUCUUGUGAAGCUGUGUUUUCUGCAACAGUGCUUUAGAAAACACAGCUUUAGACUGUUAACUUUCUAUCUGUUUCUGAUUUUCAAAUGCUGAAGAGUAAAGUCAUAGCUUAAAUAAUGUAGGAAAGUAUUGAUGUAAAUUAUAUUGCACUCUUUCACUAUAUAUUUUCAAAAAAUCACUGGAAUGUUGUUAUACAAGAGAAUUAUACUUGUGUAUUGUAAAUAACAUAUUAAGAUGCAUAUAUUAAUGCCAAUAGUUUAAUUCAACAAUAUGUAAUCCAAGGUGCUCGGUACUACAUGAAGUAUGAGUUAAAUACUCAUAAUUAAGUUGCAAAGAGCCUAUUAUAUAUUUAUAGACAGAUUAAAAUGACCAUAAUUACAAAUAUUAUUUCUUCACCACUUAUGUUUUGGACUGAUUCAUAUGUGUGCAAGGGUCAACAGAAAUUAUAUCCUCUACAUUUAUAAAAUUUUAAUUUAAAAUAUUUAUAUUUUAGGGAAAAUAUAUUUGAAUAAAACUGAUGCAUUUUCUGAAGUAAACUAAAAUGUGUUAUUAGCAAGAAAUAGAAACUUUUACUAAGAAAAUUGUGUUUAUGAAUCAUUUUUUUUCUUCCCAAUUAAAGUGUACCAUAUCAGAAUGGCUAUGAUGAAUUAA